CAAAAUGAGACUACUUGUGUUUCUCACAACAACUACUAUAAUAUUAAUUUGUGAUGUAGAAUCAUUCGAUCACAGGCAACGUCUGUAUCAACGGAUGCUUGAAAACAACAUAACGUUACCAGAAACAACUUAUAAACCACGAGAUUAUGGAAAUAUUACCAGAUAUUGUAAAAAUACUACAAAAAAGUGUAUAUGGAAAUGUUGUAACUUCGGAGAAUCAGUUCGAGGCAGACGAUGUAUUCCCACCAAACCGGACAAGCUAUCAAUACUGAAUGACGUAGUUAUAUAUGAUUCGAACCUACUACGGACAGAUAAGACGCUCCAAGAUACGUUCCACUUAGUUCCGAAUCAUUUUUCUAAUGAAGAGUUCAGAACGUAUACAUUUCCAUUAAAUUUAAUAUUUGAAGUAUACUUAUCAGAGGAUGGGAUAUUAUUCUACGACAUGGACAACGACGUUAACGGAUUUGAUAAAAUAAGCGUGAAUAAUUUUUGUAUAGAUGUGAGGAGACACAAAAUCAAUUUCUUUGGUGACUUUGGUAAUGAAGAACGAACGUGGUGGCCGGAAGAAAAUGGAACUUCAAUAUGUUACAGACUAGUUGCGCAUGUACUGUGUAUAAUAUUGCUGAUGUAUGUCCUAGUAAUGUAUUGUGUCCGCCCACAUCUCCGAGACCUCCACGGAAUGUUAGUGAUGACUCUCCUCUGUUGCUACCUCAGCAAAAGUUUUAUAGAAAUACACCAUGUCGUCUUUAAUCACGUUAUUGUCCGUAACACUGUAUUGGUUAUGGAAUCAUUUCAUAUUUUCUGUAAUUUGGCCACAUUUUCAUUGACCAAUGUGAUGUUCCAUAUUGUAUGGAAAUCAAUAAAAUCAGGAGGAAACACAAUGAACACGCGUCAAAAUAAAUUCAAACAAUACAUCAAAUACAUCGCGUAUGCUUUUGGUCUUCCUCUGAUUCUAACUAUAGCAAUUUUAAUCAUAAAUUUAAUGGACUUGAGAUAUAUUCCGUGGUUCAUUACACCUAAAAUGGACACUAUACUCACUUGCACAGGAAAGGAGAUGAUUUUGUACAUCUAUGUCCCCGGGAUGAUUAUGUUCUUGUACAAUAUAAUUUUAUGUUGUUUAAUCAUACCAAAGGCGUACGAAGGAUUUUUCGGAAGUCUUGCAAUGACUUAUACUUACAACGACGCGAUCAAAUAUGAUGUAAUAAGUUUCUCGCAAUAUAUGAAACUAAUGACGUUUAUCACAAUCUCGGAGGCUGCGAAUGCUUACAGUGUAUGGACCAUGAGGCUGUACGGAAUAGUAUCAACAAAUAAGUGGCUGUUAGGAGUUGUCAUUAUACUCAUAUUUCUACAUGAAAGUAAUGCUAAGAGAAAAUGUCCUACAACUCCUGCACGCCAGAAUAUGAUGAGCAUGACGGAGAUGCAAUGAAAGCAAUCAGAAAAUGUAUCAUUUGAAGAUAUGUGAGGUUACAAUAAACUUUCACUGUUCUUUAUUUUAUAGGAGACAAGUGAAACUGCAUUCAUAUUUAUAGAUCUUUACAACAGGAAAAGUAAAAAAAAAUAAAAGACUAAAAUAUACUAGGACGCUCGAAGAAUACAAAUUCGUUCGCGAUUUGAAACGAGCCACUUCACUCUCACUCACGUGGCCAUAGAGCAACCAUCGACGUCUUUAGAGUAAGUCGUCGAUGAGUGGAACCAUCCUUUCACUACUAGGUACUACCUUGUAGACAAUUAUAGCAUGUUUAAGGAAAAUACACUAUUCACAACCACUACGCAAUACCAGUUCUAUGAAAAGUAUGAUUGUUUUA